AAGAACUUUGGAUUACUGCUUUUGCAUAAAUACCGAGCGCGGGUUAUUCUUUUUUUCUUUUCUCUUAUAUUAUUAUUUAUUAUCAGUAUGGUUUAUCAAAAGACUUUUACAUUAAACAACGGCAAUAAAAUUCCUGCUGUCGGUUUAGGCACUUGGCAAGCUAGUGAAGAAAACGAUAGUGUUUACAAGGCCAUCAAAACGGCCAUCGCAGCUGGAUAUAGACAUUUUGAUACUGCUAUGGCUUAUGGAAAUGAAAAAGAAGUGGGUCGAGGUAUUCGAGAUGGAUUAAAAGAAAAUGGGCUGGAGCGAAAAGAUAUUUUUGUCACCACCAAACUGGCGCCUAUCCAAGCUCGUCCUUCAAUUGUUCCCAAGGCAUUUGAAGAAUCUCUUGCUAAGCUUGAUAUAGAGUAUGUUGAUCUCUAUAUGUUACAUUGGCCUGUUGCUCUGAACCCUGAACCUGGCGUCAUGAUUCCUUUGCGACCCGAUGGUAGCCGAGAUAUUGAUGAGCAGCUCAAAGGGCGAUUUGAAGAUACCUGGGCAGCUAUGGAGAAAUUGCUGGAGACAGGCAAGGUGAAGAAUCUCGGUGUAGCUAACUUCUCUAUUCCCAACUUGGAACGUUUACUAAAGACAGCCAAGGUCGUGCCUGCUGUCAACCAAGUUGAACUUCAUCCUUAUUUACCUCAACACAAGCUCUUGGAUUACUGCAACUCAAAGGGCAUUCAUGUUAGUGCUUACUCUCCUUUGGGAUCUAGUCAGUCUACUUUAUUACAAGACCCUGUAUUGAACACGAUCGCUCAGAAUCGUAACAAGUCUGUCGCUCAGAUCCUUCUUUCCUGGGGAGUUACUCGAAGCAGUGUGCUACCCAAAAGUGUAAAUCCCGAGCGUAUCCAAUCUAAUAUUGAUCUUAUUGAAUUGAACGAUGAAGAGAUUCAUCAAAUCAACGAAAUUUCAAAGACAACGACAAAAAGAUUCAUUAGACCUACAUGGGGUGUACCUGUGUUUGACGAAGAUUUUGAAUAAAAACAAGCGUUCAUAUUGAAAAUAGCGUAUGUUUUAUUUCUA